GUGUUGGGGUUUUGCUAAACCACACACAUGCCUCGGUCAGCAGCGUUAUUGUGGCUGUGGAAAGUCAGGCGGCCGCGAACGCUACAGGAAGGGUUAACCCGGUUCUCCCUUCAGUCUUACAUGCACUGUCCUUGCCCUCAAAGUAAUACCAAUGUGUAUACAUCCAGAUUUGUCACUGUUUCAUUUUGGGAAAGCAGCAGCGGGUCGCGCCAUUGCCGCCUUCCUGAACACACACAGCAAUCUUGUGGCGAGACAUGUUUUUAAAGUGUGGCCUCUGAAUCUUUCAUUUCCAACCGAAUAUAAGGUUGGCGACUCUGUGGACUUGCUAUGGAGAGAGGCGCUGCCCUCGCUCGUUGCAUCUCACCAACCUUAUGCCUUCUCCUCCUUCUCAACGCCGCGAUUCGCCCAAGCCUUCAGAUGUCGGACGAAGCCAAGAACAACAUAACAAUCUUCACCAGGAUCUUGGACAGUCUUCUAGACGGAUAUGAUAACCGCUUGAGACCAGGACUGGGAGAGCGCAUAACAAGAGUCAAGACGGAUAUCUACGUAACAAGUUUUGGGCCGGUUUCAGACACAGACAUGGAAUACACAAUAGACGUGUUUUUUCGUCAGAGCUGGGAGGAUGAGAGGUUGAAAUUCAAAGGGCCCAUGACCAUCCUACGUUUAAAUAAUUUGAUGGCCAGCAGAAUAUGGACCCCAGAUACCUUCUUCCACAAUGGGAAGAAAUCAGUGGCUCACAACAUGACCAUGCCCAACAAACUGCUGCGGAUAACUGACGAUGGAACACUUUUAUACACAAUGAGGUUGACAGUUCGUGCGGAGUGUCCAAUGCAUUUGGAAGAUUUCCCCAUGGAUGCCCAUGCAUGUCCUCUGAAGUUUGGCAGUUAUGCCUACACAAUAUCGGAGGUGGUGUAUACAUGGACACAUGGAGCUUCCCAAUCAGUGGUUGUGGCUGAAGAUGGUUCUCGACUCAAUCAAUAUGAUUUAAUGGGACAAAGCGUUGGCAAAGUCAUUAUCAAAUCUAGUACAGGUGAAUAUGUGGUUAUGACUGCUCACUUUCACUUGAAAAGAAAAAUCGGUUACUUCGUAAUUCAGACGUAUUUGCCGUGCAUUAUGACAGUCAUUCUCUCACAAGUAUCAUUCUGGUUAAAUAGGGAAUCUGUCCCUGCAAGAACUGUCUUUGGAGUCACCACUGUAUUGACAAUGACUACGUUAAGUAUCAGUGCCAGGAACUCACUCCCAAAAGUUGCCUAUGCAACUGCCAUGGACUGGUUCAUCGCCGUUUGUUAUGCCUUUGUGUUUUCCGCACUGAUUGAAUUUGCCACCGUGAACUACUUCACAAAGCGGAGCUGGGCCUGGGACGGCAAAAGCUUAGUUCCCGAAAAGAAAAAGGAAAAAGAACGAGAGGCUCUUUUGAAGAAGAACAACACGUACACAGCAACGUCGGCGAACUUUGUCCCAAACAUUGCGAAGGACGCAGGUUUAGCGACCAUUUCGAAAAGUGCUGCUGUGGAGUCCAAAGAGCCGAAAGUAGAACAAAAGCCUCCAGAACCUGUGAAGACUUUCAACAGCGUUAGUAAAAUUGAUAGAUUAGCCAGAAUAGCAUUCCCAUUAAUGUUUGGUAUUUUCAAUCUGGUUUAUUGGGCAACUUACUUGAAUAGGGAGCCGGUAAUCAAAGGUGACGAAGAACAUAACUAGAAGUUAGAAGAACCGUUCCUCAGUGGUAAUAGUAUUUUAAUUACUGGAUAAUUCUGUGAAGUUCUAACAUAUUGGACAUCCCUACUCUAAUUUGAGGCAGACAUGGUUUUUCAGUUUAUCUCUUUCUAAAACAAAUAUCCUAAUUUUUUUUUCUGAUAAUAUUAGGAGAAAUAGGAAGAAAAAUAUUCAAACUCUCUUGUUGAAUAUCUAACACUUUAUUACAAUGUCAGCAAGUCAGGUCUGAUUCUCUGUCACAACUGACAUAUGAAAUUAAUAUUGAUUUGCUAUUCCUGUUUUCUUUUGAUAACAUGUCCAUGAAGUGAAAAAGACCUAAUUUUAAACAUUCUCACACACACACACACACAGGGGUCAAUUUGAAAUGGUCUUUAAAAUAUCAGAGACGCAGCCAGGAGGCUUUUGUUUCUGAAUUUAGAUAAGAUCAAGAUGAGCAUUUCUGGAUGCUUUGACCUUGUGGACUCUUUUGUUUACUCUCAUUCUGAUUCUAACGUGUUGUUAGAAGAAGGACAUUUCACAUCUUGAAUUUAUAAAGGAAUGCGUGUAUAAGAUUUUUCCAAUAUUCUCUUUUCAAGUUGCACGGAAAAUCUGUCCGCAGCGCUGAGAGAAUUGUGAUUUUAAAUUCGACUCGUUGUCAUGUCUUCAAUGGACUAGGUUCAAUGACGAUAUCCUCCAGGGCAGACACCCCAAGUAACUGAUUACUGAAAAGGCAAGACUUUAAUGUAAGUGGUGCCAGCUAGUACGUAAUCAUUUCUUGCCUGGAUAAGUGAAGUGCACUUUUCAAAACUGUUUAUAUAGGACCCCAGUCCUACUUCUUGUAAAAAGUCGAAAAUAAACAAUGUAGUAUUUUCUAGGCUUAAAUAAAAAAAAGAUCAUUUAAAAUACGAUAUUUACAAAUCUUGUAGAGUUAAGUAAUAUCUGUGUGUGAUUCCCCAGACAGGUACCUGUAAUUUCAAGUUUCAGAAAUACCAAUGAAGUACGUUAUCCCAUUCAUUUGAACCGAGGAAACAUUAUCUCUGAUGACCAUAGUAUUUAGAUUCUAUUAAUGUCUUUACUGGAUAUAAAUAAACAUGCUGGAGUUACUUUGAAAACCCAAGAGUUUACAUGAGAAACAUAUUUUGAUUACAGUUUAGUGUAUGUGGUGAUAUCUUCAUAUCUUGAUUUUCCCCUUAUUGAUUUUUUAUUAAAUAUUGGACAGUUUAAUGGAAACACAAGUAGAAACAAAGAACUAUAGAUGCUGUUUUAUACCAAAGAUAGACACAAAGUGCUGGAGUAACUCAGCGGGUCAGGCAGCAUCUCUGGAGAAUAAGGAGGGGUGACGUUUCGGGUCAGGACCCUUCUUCAGACCUGGUCGGGUUUAUUAACAGACCUGACAGCAAACUAAAAAAAAUAGGGUGGCGCAGUGGUAGAGUUGCUGCCUUAUGCCCCUGUCCCACUUAGGAAAC